AUGCAACCACAACCUCGCAACUUCACCACUCCAUCAUCGUUUCCGACCACAUCAUGCCAUGUCUGCUGUCUCCAGUUUUGCCAAUGCCCAACACACACGCCAAUACUCAACACAUAUGAGUGGCAAAGUGUGGAUGGGGUCAAGCACUGCCAACAACACACUCGGACAUGUUGA